AGCUAUAAAAAUCCGACCAAUACCUCUUAAAAUGCGUGAGCCCGAAAUCCCUUUGAAACUUUGUGUCAUGGACAGCCAGGGCAGGCAACCGCAUGUACUGGUCAUACCAUGUCCUGUACAGGGUCAAGUUGCCCCUCUAAUGAAGUUGUCACACAAGAUUGUUGAUCAUGGGAUCAAGGUCACAUUUGUUAACACUGAGUUUAUACAUGCAAAAGUCACAGCUUCAAUGGUAGUGAAGAGUGAAGAGAAGAGCCCAAUAAGGCUAGUCUCAAUCCCAGAUGGGCUAGAACCUGGGGAUGAUCGAAAAGAUGUUCUUAAGCUGACACAAAGUAUGCUGAAAGUUAUGCCAGUCCAUUUGAUGGACUUGAUUGAGAAAAUUAAUCAGUCAAAUGAUGAUGAUCAGAUCAGUUGUGUCAUUGCUAGUAUAGCGGCUGGGUGGGCACUAGAAGUUGCUGAGAAGAUGGGAAUUAAAAGGGCGGCAGUUUGGCCUGCUGGACCAGGAAACUUGGCUUUUUUACUUCAUGUCCCGAAGCUUAUUGCGGAUGGAAUAAUAGAUACUAAAGGAACUCCAAUAAAAGACAACUCGAUCUGGUUGUCAAAGGAAAUCCCAGCAUGCAGUAGCACUGAGUUGCCUUGGAGCUUUCCAGGAGACUCAAAGCAACAAAACAUUAUUUUUGAAUAUUAUGCUUCGAGAGUGAAUCAUUAUGUGAAACAAUGCAACUGGCUUCUCUGCAACUCAUUCCAUGAACUUGACUCAGCGGUCCGCGAUUUAAUUCCUGGGAUCAUACCUAUUGGCCCAUUACUUUUGGGCAAUCAAUUGAGCAAUUAUGUUGGAAGCUUUUGGCCUCAGAAUUCAACUUGUCUAAGCUGGCUUGAUAAACAACCUGUGGGUUCAGUCAUUUAUGUUGCCUUUGGCAGCAUAGCAACCUUUAGCCAGAAACAAUUUGAUGAACUAGCACAUGGUCUUGAACUCAUAGGCCAAACUUUUUUGUGGGUUGUCCGAUCAGAUAUAACAGAUGGACCACUUGCUGAAUUCUUGCAUGUGUUUAGAACAAGACUAAAUGAUCGUGGAAUGAUUGUUGAAUGGGCACCUCAAGAGAAGGUGUUAGACCACCCUUCUAUUGCAUGUUUUCUAAGCCAUUGUGGAUGGAAUUCAACCUUGGAGGGUAUAAGCAUGGGAGUCCGAUUUCUAUGUUGGCCUUUCUUUUCAGACCAAUUCCAUAAUAGGAGUUACAUAUGUGAUGUUUGGAAGAUUGGUUUAGGGUUGACCCCAGAUGAAAAUGGGCUCAUCACGAGGCAUGAAAUCAAAACAAAAAUAGAAAUACUACUCUCUGAUGAUGGUAUAAAAAGAAAUUCAUUGGAGCUAAAGAAAAUGGCCAAAACGAGUGUAACUGAAGGUGGAUCCUCUUCUAAGAAUUUUGAAAGCUUUAUUGAACAAUUAAAGCAUUAAGGAUGUUAUAAAGUAUUACUGUUAUAUUGUUUCUAAGUGUUUUCAAGUAUGUCCUUAUUAGGAUAUUAUUUUGAAUCAUGUUCUAUAAAAAUGAAGCUUUAGAUUGAAAGAAAUAUUGUGCGUGUUUACCAACCUAUGUAAGGGUUUGAAUUUCCUUAAUGGAUUGCAAAGUUAGCAUCUUUAGUUGAACAAGCUUUUAGUGCUUCUUAGUCUAAACUAGCUUCUUUUUCUUUAUGGCAAGAGUCUUAUAACUCAAUUAUUUGAUAUCUCUUGUAAUAUUAUUUUUUCUCAUAUCAAGUGAGAGCAGGGGGUGAGAUAUAUAAUAAUGUCAAUAUGGAGUCUUUUGAUAGUUGGUCAAUUAAUUUUGUUUCAAUGCGUACGGUCAAACUAAUCAGCCAUUUGUUAGCUAAAUGGUUUUUAUUUAUUUUUAUAGAUGUGGUAGAAUUUUAACCUAUAAUGUCUGUUUCAUAAUGAUUACUCUUACACAUAAGACC